AUGAAGAUAACAGGGGGUUUUGUGAGGGCAGCUCUAGCCUUUUGCUACUGCUUAGGUGUUGCCUUUGGAGUUGAGAUUGAUUGCAGCCAGUAUCCCAGUAGCAUCAACAAGGAUGGGGAGACCUUGGUAGCUUGCCCAAGGAUCUUUAAGCCAGUCUGUGGCACUGAUGGCAUCACGUACAGCAAUGACUGUGGGAUCUGCUUCAACAACAAGAAACGCGAGGCCAAUGUGGAGAAGGCACAUGAUGGAGAGUGCAAGCUGGAACCUAUUGUGGUUGAUUGCAGUAGGUACCAAAAAACUGUAGCAGAUGGUCAGGUCAUGGUAGCAUGUCCAAGGAUUCUGAAACCAGUCUGUGGCUCAGAUAUCUUGACUUAUGACAACGAAUGUGAGAUGUGUGCCUAUAAUGUAGAACACGAAGCCAACAUUAGCAAGAUACAUGAUGGAGAAUGCACACAUGAGGAUGUCACUAUUAACUGUGAUAAGUACCCAAGAGUAACCACUGAAGAGGGCAAAGUGCUAGUAUCCUGUCCAAGGAACCUGGAUCCAGUUUGUGGCACAGAUGACGUUACAUAUGAUAAUGAAUGUGGGAUCUGUGCCCACAAUGGACAUCACAGGGCUCAUAUUGGCAGAAAGCAUAAGGGAAAAUGCAAGCAGGAGACUUCUGAGAUUGAUUGCAGUCAAUACCCAUCAAGGAUUAUUAAGGAUGGUAAAGCCCACAUACGCUGUCCAAGGAUCCUGCUCCCGGUCUGUGGCACGGAUGGAUAUACUUAUGACAAUGACUGUGGCAUCUGUGCCCAUAACCUAGAACAUGGGACUCACGUAAAGAAAAGCCAUAAGGGAAGAUGCAAGAAGGAAAGCACUCCUGUUGACUGCAGCACAUACCUGAGUGGUGCCAAGACCGGUGAAGCCAGCACAGCCUGCCCCUUCAUCCUGCACGAGGUCUGUGGUACAGACGGUAUCACCUACACCAACGACUGUGAGCUGUGUGCCCAUAACAUUGAGUUUGGAACCAACGUUUCCAAGAGGCAUGAUGGAAGGUGCAGGGAGGAAACUCACGAAAUCAACUGCAGCCAGUACCCAACUUCCACUCUGGAGGAUGGCAGAGAGCUGAUGGCCUGCACCAUGAUCUAUGACCCUGUCUGUGGUACAAAUGGUGUCACUUAUGCCAGUGAAUGUACACUGUGUGCCCACAAUGUGGAGCAUCGGGCCAGUGUUGGCAAAAGAAAGAACGGACGUUGUGAAGAGGAUAUUACAAAAGAGCACUGCAAGGACAUGAAAGAAAUCUCUCCAAUCUGUACCAUGGAAUAUUUUCCCCACUGCGGCUCUGAUGGCAGAACAUACGGCAACAAAUGUGUCUUCUGCAGUGCCUACCUGGAAAGCAACAGGACACUCAGCCUGGUGCGUAUGGCUGAAUGCUAAGUCUCUGCUAGAGUCCAGCCCAGGAAGAUAAACUCCCUUGCACCUGACUUUCCAUGGGCUGAUCUUCCCCAGCAACUUUCCUUCAG